AUGCUUUUGGUAGAUACAGAAAUUACUGUAUUCACAUACAUCAACAACUUAUAUGAUAGUGUGGAGAAAUUAAGCAGUACCCGUUUGGACACCAAUUCAACAGCUUUAUUAAUGGGUUCACCUGAAAGUGGCGCCUUUUCACCUGGUAUAUCAUCACCAAUUCCGUGCGGGGCAAGUUCAGCAGGUGCCAUUGGCACAUCUACCACUCCAUCGGAUACAUCUGAUUCGGGUAUCACCACGGCGUCUAGUAAAAAGUCGACAACGCGUAGAAAUGCCUGGGGCAAUAUGUCUUAUGCAGAUCUCAUCACGCAAGCAAUCGUUAGCUCACCAGAGAAACGAUUAACUCUUUCACAAGUGUACGAAUGGAUGGUACAAAAUGUUCCAUACUUUAGAGAUAAAGGUGAUUCCAACAGUUCAGCUGGUUGGAAGAUUGGAAUUCGAGACGAAUUUUGCGUCAGCUGCUUUUUUUAA